AUGACGGAGGCAGAUGUACCAAAACUGUAUGCAAUUCUGGGUGUAGACCAGACUGCUACAACCCGCGACAUCGUCAAGGCAUAUAGACUCGCAGCUCUAAAGUCGCAUCCAGACAAAACAUCAAAUUUGGAUGAAAAGGCCAGGGCUGAGGCUAAGACUCAUUUCAUCCAAUUGCAACAUGCCUAUGAUAUUUUAAAGGACGAUGAAAAGAGAAAAAACUAUGAUCUUUAUGGUUGGGAAGGAGAAGAAGAUGUAGCUUUCGCAGCUGCAUAUGAAUUCUAUAAGUCUCCAAUCAAAGAAGAAGACAUUAUAGAUUUCUCUAAAACAUACAAGGGAAGCAAGGCCGAGGAAGAAGACCUGUUGGACUUUUACAAAAAAAAUGACGGCAGUUUGACAAACAUUCUAUUCUCAAUUCCAUUGUCUGAGGCAGAUGAUCUGGAUCGCUUUGUUUCUUUUUACAAGGAGAAUAUUAAAUCAAAGACUAUUGAAUCAACUGAUAAGUUUACGAAAACAUCGCAAGCAAAGACUCUCAAAAAUAUCCGGAAUAAAUAUAAGUCAAAGUGCAAGAAAGACGCAUCUGUAGAGGAUGAUGGGGAUGACUUUGAUAGCCUUGCAGCUCAGAUUAUGGCUAAUAGAAAGAAACGAGCUGAUACGUUUUCAAGUCUCAUUACAAAUUUGGAAUCAAAAUAUGGUAACAAGAAAAAAAAACUCUCAAAGUAA